UCUCUCCUCUCUCUCCUCUCUCUCCAUGGCCUUCAAUAAAACUCCGUACACUUCAAAGCAAUGGAAGUUCUCCUCUCAAUAUUCCUUCAUAAUCCUCUUCCUAAUUCUCUUCUCCUUCCUCUGUUUUACUCUCCUCUUGAUCUCCUCCCGCUCCCAAAAAGAACUCCACAAAUACACCGUCGUCCAGUACUCCUCAUCCGCCGACGUGGAGAACGAAUUAUUCCGACGAAAUCACCGGAGGAUUAUCAGGAGAAUCAAAAUCGGAUUAAUCAACGUCAGAAACGAAGAAAUCGAUGAAACUCUGCAGCUUCUAGGUUUAUCGGAGGAAUCGCGGCGGAGGACGGAGGCGGUGACGGUAAAUUUCGAUCGCGUAAACAAUUCCGAUUGGGAAGCUCUGUUUCCGGAGUGGAUUGACGAGGACGAGAAAUGGAGGUCGCCGAAAUGUCCAGAAAUUCCGAUGCCGAGGACGGAGCUCUACGGCGAUCUCGACGUCGUCGUUUUGCGGAAUCCGCCGUGCGGAGCCAGAGACGCGGCGCGGCUGCAGGCGAAUCUGGCGGCGGCGAGCGUGGCGGUGGCGAGCGGGUGGGUGGAGCAGGACGUUCAUCGGACGGUGCACGUCUCGUUCGUGGGGGCGUGUGGGCCCAUGCGGGAGAUAUUCCGGUGCGACGAUCUUGUGGCGAUGGGGGGAAAUGAUCGGACGGCGGAGGGGGUUUGGGUGUAUAAACCGGAGAUGAGGAGAUUGAAACAGAAAAUUCUCAUGCCUGUGGGAUCAUGCCAGCUGGCGCCCGUUUAUGCACGGACAGGGAGAGAAAUAUGGAGGAAGUUCAUGAUACAAAAAGCACCAAACAAGAACAAUAAAGACUCAACCCAACCGCUACGCAGAAGCAAGCCAAAAGAGGCCUACGUUACAAUCCUCCACUCCUCAGAAGCCUACGUCUGCGGCGCCAUCGCUCUAGCUCAAAGCAUCCUCCAAACCAACACAAGCAAACAGCUCCUCCUCCUCGCCGAUGACUCCAUAACUCCGAAAUCCAUUGACGCCCUCCGUGCCGCUGGCUGGACGACCGAGCGCAUCCACCGCAUCCGCAGCCCCCGCGCGGAGAAAGGCUCCUACAACGAGUGGAACUACAGCAAGCUCCGCAUAUGGCAGCUCGCCAUCUACGACAAGAUCAUUUUCAUCGACGCCGACCUUCUCGUCCUCAAGAAUAUCGACCACUUAUUCGCGCUACCACAGCUCUCCGCCGCCGCAAACAACAAGAUGAGGUUCAACUCCGGGCUAAUGGUUGUGGAGCCGUCGGCUUGCUUGUUUGAGGACAUGAUGGCCAAGAGCUUCGAGUUGGAGUCGUAUAAUGGUGGUGAUCAGGGAUUCUUGAAUGAGGUCUUCACCUGGUGGCAUAGGCUUCCUUCAAAAAUCAACCAUCUCAAAAUGUUUGAGAAAGACAACAAUGAGAGUUCAGAUGAUGCAUAUGCAAUACAUUAUCUGGGAUUGAAGCCAUGGAUGUGUUACAAAGACUACGACUGCAACUGGGACAUGGCGGACCACCAUGCUUUUGCGAGUGACUCAGCUCACGCCAAAUGGUGGAAAGUGUACGAAGCCAUGCCCACUGAGUUGCAGCAAUUCUGUGGCCUCACCAAGAAGAUGGAUUCCAGAAUUAGAAAGUGGAGAAGGAUUGCCAAGAACAACGCCACUAAUUUUCCUGACGCCCAUUGGAAAAUCAAGAUCACUGAUCCAAGACGCCACCGUUUUAUGGGUAUUGCUCAGUAGAGAUAUAUCAGAAACCAAAUUAAAGCUAGCACAUGCAUAUUGUGGAUGUGGCCAACAAAUUUUUGUAAGGUCGUCCCUCUUCUCUCUCCUUCAUUCUCGGUUUCAGAUUUUAGAGCUUCUUUUGAUGAUCUGUUGACAUGGUUUUAAUUCACAGCUAGAGAUGGAUAAUGAGGUUGUAUAGAAAUUAAAGAUAAUACAAAGAAUUGGGACUUGGAAAUUGUGUUCACUGAGUUUUAGUUUUGGAAAGGUUAAUAAAUAUUUAACCUUUUUCCAUUUGACUUGUUAGAGCAAAAUAAAGGGGUCAACUAUAGGGCUCAACAAAAGAUUGAACUUAGUUAA